AUGAUAAAUUCUUCCUCUGAUAAUACUACAAAGACAAAUACUUGUAUUGCAGAAGAGGGAGGAGGAGAAGAAGAAGAAGAGAUUGACCAAAAGUUGAUGGACAAGUUAUCCAUCAAAGAUAAAUCAUCAAUCAAUAAUGUAGAUAGUAAAACCAUAAUAGACAACCUAGAAGAUUCGACAACGACAACGACUACAACAACCAAAGUAACAUUAAUCAAAGAAAAGGAUUUCAAUUCUGAGGAAAUGAUCGAACAUCAUUUGAAUCAACAAUCAAAGCAACAACUCAGUAGUAAUAAAAAGAAUAAAGAAGAUUUCAACUUUAUAAGAACUAUUGGUAAAGGUUCUUAUGGAAAGGUAAAAUUGGUUAUUGAAAAUAGUACUGGAUAUCUUUAUGCAGCCAAGAUAUUGAAUAAACAAUUAAUACUAAAGGAAAAGAAAUCAAAAUAUGUCAAUAGCGAAAAGACAAUUCUAGAUUCACUAGAUCAUCCAAAUAUUAUAAAACUUUUCUAUACUUUUCAAGAUGAAAGUAAUUUGUAUUUUAUAAUUGAAUAUUGUCCAAAUGGAGAUUUAUUGGAUUUAUUAAAAAGGAGUGGAAAUUGUUUUCAAUUGGAUGUAGUUAGAUUCUACUCUGCAGAGAUAUUAUUGACUAUAGAGUAUCUACAUAGUCGAGGUAUAUGUCAUAGAGAUAUCAAACCUGAAAAUAUACUAUUGUCAAAGUCGAUGCAUACCAAAUUGAGUGACUUUGGAACUGCCAAGGUCAUCCACAAUGAAAGAUCAGGAUCAUUUUGUGGAACGGCAGAAUAUGUAUGUCCAGAGUUAUUGGUUGAAAAGAUGGCUGGCAAAAGUGCAGAUAUUUGGUCAGAGUUGACGUUUCCCGAAUCAUUUGACGGUGUUGCCAGGUCUUUGGUCGAUAGGAUACUUUGUCUUGAUCCAAAUGACAGACCUUCAUUUAAUGAAAUUAAAGCACACCCAUUCUUUAAAGGAGUAGUAUGGCAAUCACUCAAUGAUCAAACUCCACCUCAAGUCACCGUAUUUGAACCAAUCUCACCUCAAGAAGAUCGUCAAAGAUCAAAAUCUGUAGGUUCACCAAAUAUCAUCAAUCAACUAAAACUAGUACAAGGACAGACAAAUCAACAACAGCAACAACAAGAACUGUUACCAACUCAACAACCAAGUGGUGGUGGUAGUGGUACAGCGAUAUCAUCUAUUCUACAGAGGGAAAGAUCAACCACUACUAGUUCUGUACAACAAAGUCCAAUGUCUCGAGGACCAAAUGUUACUACGAGUAGUCCAUUAUCACCUCUACCAUUAAUAUCAUCUCCACCACAACAAUCAUCAAAUAACAAAACAAGUGAAUUACCAAAAUCAUAUCAACCAACUAUAUACAUUACACCAACCGAACUAUUGUUACAAGGUAAACCUAAAAUGAUCCAACUAUUACAAGAACAAUCAACUUUGGUUUGGAACAAACUGUUAUUACCAAACGACGAAAUUAUCCUUGGCAUGACACCAAUAGUAAAAAAGACUGGUCUCAUCUCAAAACAAAGACAUCUUAUCAUUACAGAUAGUCCUAGAAUCUUUUGGGUAGACUCUUCCAAAAUGAUAAUCAAAGGUGAAAUACAUGUAGAUCUUACACUUUUAGCAUCUAUUAAAUCAAACAAACAUUUUACUAUUACUUCUAGAGGAAGAACAAGACAUUUUAAUGAUACAGUUACACAAGAUUCGAAACGAUGGGUUGAUUUAAUUAAUAAUUUAAAAUUACUUGGUUCUCUUUCAUAA